UUGGGCCAAAGUUUUCCAGCCCCAAGCCUCUGGCUCCUGAUCUCAGAUCUGGAAGGGAGAGCCCUUCCUCCAUGGAGUUCAGCCUGCUCAGCGAGGCGGAGGCCCGCAGCCCUGCCCUGUCACUUUCAGACGCGGGUACACCCCAUCCCCCGCUCCCAGAGCACGGCUGCAAGGGCCAAGAGCAGAGCGACUCAGAGAAGGCCUCGGCUUCGCUGCCCGGCGGCUCGCCCGAGGACGUCUCGCUGAAGAAGAAGCAGCGGCGGCAGCGCACCCACUUCACCAGCCAGCAGCUGCAAGAGCUGGAGGCAACCUUCCAAAGGAACCGCUACCCCGACAUGAGCACGCGCGAGGAGAUCGCCGUGUGGACCAACCUCACCGAAGCCCGCGUGCGGGUGUGGUUCAAGAACCGGCGCGCCAAGUGGCGAAAGCGGGAGCGUAGUCAGCAGGCGGAGCUGUGCAAGGGUGGCUUCGCGGCGCCGCUAGGGGGGCUGGUGCCGCCCUACGAGGAGGUAUAUCCCGGCUACUCGUACGGCAACUGGCCGCCCAAGGCGCUCGCCCCACCGCUCGCCGCCAAGACCUUCCCGUUCGCCUUCAACUCCGUCAACGUGGGGCCUCUGGCUUCGCAGCCGGUCUUCUCGCCGCCCAGCUCCAUCGCCGCCUCCAUGGUGCCCACGGCCGCGGCUGCCCCGGGUACAGUGCCAGGGCCCGGGGCCCUGCAGGGCCUGGGCGGGGGCCCUCCCGGGCUGGCUCCGACAGCCGUGUCCUCCGGGGCAGUACCCUGCCCUUACGCCUCGGCCGCCGCAGCCGCAGCUGCAGCCGCCUCCUCCCCCUACGUAUACCGGGACCCAUGUAACUCGAGCCUGGCCAGCCUGCGGCUCAAGGCCAAACAGCACGCCUCUUUCAGCUACCCCGCCGUGCCCGGGCCGUCCCCGGCCGCCAACCUCAGCCCGUGCCAGUACGCCGUGGAACGGCCCGUAUGA